AUGGCCGCCAAGAGGUCUGUUUCACCCGGACCCAUUGACCUGAUGAAGGAAAUAAUGAGAUUAAUUGCUGAACCAAAUUCGGUCAACAACAAAAAAAGACUGGAAGUUGCUUAUUUUCAACAUCCAUCUAAGACGGUUGAUCCAACAACUUGUGAUUUAUGUAGCGAAAGUUCAGGAUUCGUAUGCAGCAGCCAGUAUCAAAAAGGCUUAAAUCAACAGUAA